AUGGCGCUGGCGGACGCCACCUCGGACACUAAGUGGGGUGCUGGGAUAAGAGGCGGCGCCGCAGGGCAUGAAGAGUUGGCACUGGCAGACGCCGCCUCAGACGCUGCGUGGGCAGCUGGGCAGAGCGGCGGCGCCGCGGCGCGGGAUAAGUUGGUGCUGGCGGAUGCCUCCUCAGACGCUGCGUGGGGAGCUGGGCCGGGCGGCAGCACCACGGCGCGUGAUGAGUUAGCGCUGGCGGAUGCCUCCUCGGACGCUGCGUGGGCAGCUGGGCCGGGAGGUGGCACCUGGGCGCGUGAAAAGUUGGAGCUGGCGGACGCCGCCUCGGACGCUGCGUGGGCAGCUAGGCCGGGAGGCGGUGCCGCGGGCAUGAAGAGACGUAGUCGGCCAGGUGAGCAGGAGGCCGACGCUCCCGUCAGGGGCGUUCUCGUGGGCUACUUCACUCGAGGCUCGUCGAAUGUGUUCGCCCGUAUGGCUGGCGUUCCCAUUCGGGUAUCAGUGCCGGGCCAGCCGGCCCUUUUCGGGCUUGGGGGCGAUGCCGCCUCGGCCUCAUCCGGGUUGGAGAUGGGCUCCGGACAAGGGGGUGCUCCGGCGGGGUCCUCGGAGUCUUCCUCAGUGAUCUCCGUUACCCGGCACUAA